AUGUCCGUGGGCUGCGGGCAGCAUUCAGUUCUGGAAGAGACUCUGCUUACUCGGCUACAGAGGCCUGGCUGGUGUUGCGGAGGUUUUCAUGGCGACACGAAGGAAGAUUUCAUAAACUCCUUUACCCAAGGUUCAUUGCAAGAACGAAUGGAUGCAGUGGAGAGGCUCCACAAGCGUCUCCCGGCGUGGGGCAGCGAGUCCAUGCGAGACAGGCAUUCUGAUUGGGUGGCUGCUGUUUACGAUGGAGCCAAGAUUGUGCUGGAACAGGAGUUGGCUCGGGAUCCUGAUGCUGUCUAUCAACAGGCCUUACAUGCAGACACCAGCGUGCGACGGGCAGUGGUGGAGGUUCUUGGCACAAGAGCAUCCAAAGGAGAUGAACGGGCUAUAUCAUGCUGCCACGCACAUUUGCGAAAGUUCCCCCACUCUGUCUUCGAAUCCUUGGCAAAACUGACUCACCCUGGGGACCCCAGGACCAUCGAGGCGGCGGGUUGUGUGAUAGACACCUACACCACUUGGAGCAACUGGAGGUUGGAUCUUAGCGGCAGUCUGGGACGGCGGCUGCGUGAAAUUGCUCAGAAGGACGAUGAGAAUCUAGUUCGCACCGUUUGCCAAAGGUUGGAGCAUCGAGAGAAAGAUGCAAGGGAAGCAGCGGCAGCUGCGCUCAAAAUCAUCGCCAGCAAGGAUUCUGAGCAUGUCGUGCAGGAGAUCUUGGCGCGGCUAAACCACGGGCGAGCGGAAGUGCGAGAGGUGGCCUUGCUGGCUCUUGGCCAGAUGGCUCUUCCCAACAAUCUUGAAGCUGUCAAUGCCACGCGCCGGCUCCUCCAAGAUCGAAGUCAGAAACUCGUUCGUCCCAGGGCACAAAGUACGCUUGCACUGCUAGAGGGGCGCAAUCGACCGCGGCGUUGA